UGCACACUGGGUGGGGAGCACUCCUGAAAGUAUGGCAACGAAUCUCCAGGAAUAACGAGCUACAAAUGGACAAUAUCUUGACCCGAUGAGCACUGAAACUUAAUUCAUCGUCUUCAUUCAAAAGAUUAAUCGUAAAGGAAUGUCAGAACAGGUAAAGGAAAAGGCAGGUAAACAGCGGAGGAAUCUCUGGAAUGAAAGGUAUGUGCAUGAACCAUAUUUUUCCACUGGCAGCACAACUAACAUGGCAGGGCAUCUCCGAGUUCAAGGAGGAAUGCCAGCUCCAAAGCAAAGCCCAAAUGGCCGAGAAGGUGCAGUGCCAGCUCUUCACAACAUGGAGUCUGACAGCACUUCAACCACCACCAACAUUCUAGCCUCGGUCAAAGAACAGGAGCUCCAAUUUGAGCGCUUGACAUGGGAACUGGAGGUGGAGCGACAGAUCUUAGCCAAUCAGCUGGAACGAUGCAGACUUGGUUCAGAAUCACCAGGAGCUGCUAGUGGCAGCUCAUCUGAGAAGUCUCUUUCCUGGAGAUGUCCUGAUGCGUCAUUGUACUGUGAUGUAAAGUCUCAAAUGACUGGCAGCCGUCAUACUCCAGUGUUUGGUGUGAGGAUGGAGGGAGAGCAGCUGUCUCUGUAUUCUACAGACAAGCGGCCACUAGGCAACUCUCACAGCUCUAACCAGAUGAACUCUUACUCUGAUAGUGGUUACCAGGAUGCUGGUAGCUACUACAGCAGCCAGGAGCAGGGCAAGUGUGAGUUGAGAUUGCAGCACUCAUUUCAGGGUUCUGGAGGAGGCUCCACACUGCAGAGAAACGCUAGGGCUGAGGGCCAGGUGAUAGGACAGGGAUCAGAAGAGACAUAUGGGGCUAUACCGGAACAUGCUAUACGGCGAGUCAGUUCAAUGCCUUCUCGCACUCAGUCACCUUACGAAAGCAGCAUCUCUCGGUCUCGAGGGUCACUGCGGACAGUGGGAAGCUCCUACGGAUCACCCAUCAUGACAGAGCGAAAAAAUGUGCCCUCCAUUUUCACAAGUGCCACCCUACCCUUAGUCCCACAAGCCAGCUCACCCUAUUCCACGCAGCUAAACUCCCCUGUCACCCUACGUAGAAUAGGCUCCACUAAUUCCUACUCUGGUGGUACCAGCCACCUCACUAUGCCGUAUUCGGGAGGUGUGGGGUCUGUGGGUGGAGAGGGACAGGUCAGGUCUGGGUGUCCAGCCAGGCCAGGAAUGGCAGCGGUUCCACAACAUUAUAGGCCAACAGUUCCAACAAUGCUUGUUAACGAUGCCUCUGAUCCAUACAGUACACACAGCUAUGAGGUCUACGAGAGAAUACCCAAAAGAACAGACAGCCUCAAAGGUGUGCGAUCAUCUUACACUAGUCAGCACAGUCAGAUAGGUGCUGAAAUGAGAUCCACCAUUUCCCCUGACCGUCAUAUAGGACCCAUCUAUGAGGACCGUAUCUUUCGUGGGCCCCUCUAUCGGAGCCCCAGCCAUGCAGCUGGAGAUCAGAACCACAACAUUGCUGUCUACAGGUCAUCCUUUGGUGUGGGUAACCUGCAGCGAAGCUCCAGUCAACGCAGUAACAUGACAUACCAAAGAAGUAACUAUGAUCUAAACACCAUCUACACAGAACCAUAUCGACUGGCACCAAACCGGCCAUCUGACUCCAGCUAUACACGGAAGCCUAUCGUCAUGGAUGAUGAUACCCCACACUCACCCUCAAUAGACAGCAUACAAAAGGACCCAAGAGAGUUUGCGUGGCGUGACCCAGAGUUGCCAGAGGUUAUUCGCAUGCUACAGCAUCAGUUCCCAUCUGUGCAGGCCAAUGCAGCGGCAUACUUGCAACACCUGUGCUACAGAGACAUCCACAUCAAGGAAGAGGUAUGUUGCCUGGGUGGUAUAAAGCACCUGGUGGAUUUAUUAGAUCAUAAGGUUCUGGAGGUGCAGCACCAUGCAUGCGGAGCUUUGAGAAACCUUGUCUAUGGCCGAACCAUGGAUGACAACAAGAUUGCAUUGAGAAAUGCUGGGGGCAUUCCUGCACUGCUUUGUUUGUUGAGGACGACUGUAGACAGUGAAGUACGAGAGCUUGUCACAGGUGUGUUAUGGAAUCUGUCAUCAUGCGAUUCUCUGAAAAUGACAAUUAUUCGUGAUGCCUUAAGCAGCCUGACCAACACUGUGAUUAUCCCUCACUCGGGUUGGAACAGCACUGACUUUCACGAUGAGGCUAAACUCAAGUUCCACUCCUCGCUUGUGCUCCGCAACACCACCGGCUGCCUCAGAAACUUGAGUUCUGCUGGAGAGGAGGCCAGGAAACAUAUGCGCUGCUGCGAGGGACUUGUGGAUUCACUGUUGCAUGUCAUCAAAGCCUGUGUCAGCACCUCUGACUUUGAUAGCAAGAUUGUGGAGAACUGUAUUUGCACUCUGAGAAAUCUUUCCUACCGGCUGGAGCUUGAAAUACCUGCCUCCCAGCUCAUAGCCUGUCACGAAGUGGAUGGGUUAUUGGGGCCACAGUCUCCUAGUAAAAAGGCAGAAUACAACUGCUGUGGGAAAAAGAAGAAAAAAUAUGUACAGCAGGAACAGUGGGAUGGUGUUGGACCCAUUCCUGGUUUUACAAAGUGCCCUAAAGGUGCUGAAAUGCUGUGGCACCCAUCUGUAGUGAAGCCGUAUCUCACCCUAUUAGCCGAGAGCUCAAAUCCAGCAACACUUGAAGGCUCUGCAGGGUCACUCCAGAACCUCGCCGCUGGAAACUGGAAGUUUGCAGCAUAUAUACGCGCAUCAGUGCGUAAAGAAAAGGGUUUGCCAAUACUGGUGGAGUUACUGCGCAUGGACAAUGACAGGGUUGUGUGUUCCAUUGCCACUGCACUCAGAAACAUGUCCCUGGAUGUGAGAAAUAAAGAACUGAUUGGGAAAUAUGCCAUGCGGGACCUAGUGAACCGGCUGCCUGGAGGAAACACCACACUGCUGUCUGAUGAUACAGUGGCAGCCAUCUGCUGCACCUUACACGAGGUCACCAACAAAAACAUGGAGAACGCCAAAGCUCUGGCAGACACCGGUGGGAUAGAGAAACUUGUCAAUAUUACCAAGUGCAGAAGUGAUAGCAGAUACUCUGUAAAGGUGGUGAAGGCUGCUGCUCAAGUUCUGAUUGGACUAUGGCAGUACAAAGACCUCCGCACCAUCUAUAAGAAGGAUGGCUGGAAUCAGAAUCACUUCCUAACUCCCAUGACGACUUUGGAACGAGAGAGCUUCAAGUCACAGCCAACAAAACCAUUAAACACACUACAAAUGUCAUCUGUGCAUCACACAGUGCGCAGCACCACAUCAUCUCCAUCCAUGCUGGGCAUUAAAGAACGACACUCAAAUAAUCAAACCAAAAAAUCUACGAAGCAGUUUUAUAAUUGCCAAGCAGAAAUCAGCAUCAAUAAAAACACAUACACAGGUUUUGCAAAGCCAUCUCAGUUAUACAUGGGGCCGUACACUUCCCUGAACAGAGAGGGCUCAAGGCGUGGUCAGCAGAUGUACUACGCAAAUGAAGCUGGCCACAGAAACUACGAUACCUACUGCACAUACAUGCAACCACACACCUAUGAGGACUCAUACAUGAAUGAGACAGUCCACUAUUCUUCUGCAGAUUACAUCCAGUCACACGGCUUUAAAUCCUCAAGCAACUACAUGGACUUUAACCCAUCCACCAGGAGACCCUCAUACCAGGCUGAACAUUACCCGGUAUCGCCUGACUCAUGGGUAUAGAGCAGGGGUGUCCAGAAUUGUUUCUGGAAGGCUGGUGUCCUGCAGAGUUUAGCCUAUAACUUCCCUCGACACACCUGUCUGAAAGGUCCUCCUGGAGCAGGAUUGGACGACUCUGGUACAGAGAAAGCACCUUAAGACAUCUCUAAAUGUUUAAACUUCUUUGAAUAUUUUAACAGCUGUUUUUUUAAGAAAGGUAAAUAAAAGAUGCAAAGCAAAGGAAGAUUUAAUGUCAUAACAAAGCUGGAAAAGAAUGUAUGUAUGUCAAUGGAAACAGGAAGCAGAUCAUGAUCUUUGUAUGUAGAGGGGUUGAAGGAUGUGUUGAGAAGGUAAAAUUCAGUGCAAGAAAAUUCAGUAGGGUUCAAGACAGAAAAUGUAUCUGUAAACAAACAAUAAAUAAUGAUUAUAAUUAUUGAAUUAAAUUGAUAAUGAUAUAAUCUUAGUUUGUACAGAGGAAACAUUGUAUUGGUACCUGUUGGUUGUAAAUGUUAUCAAGUAUUGUACAUAUCUUUUACUUUCUUGACGAUGCAAUGAGAAAAUGCUUUUAUACUUCACACAGGUCAAAACUCAUGCUGUAUUAAAGUAAAUGCAUCAAUGAUUAUAUGAUAAGAGAUGUCAUUACCUUAUUCUGAAUUAAGCCUAUUUUUUUUUUCAUUACAAAAUGACAACUUUUUUGUAAUAAAACUAGGAUCUGGAUGCACAUGACAACGGGUUGUGGCAAUUAUCGACACUUGGGGGUGAAUAUAAAGAAAAGUUUCCCAGAAAUGACAAAUUUGUAAUUGGUGCUUGGAAAGUAAGGCAUCACUUUUAUUAUCUCAUGUGCAUUUUAUUGUGCUUAUUCUCUAUUGUCUUAUGUGAGCUCCUUUCACCUGAUCUAACAAGCAAUCAGUAAUGAAUAAACUACAAACUUUCCCCUUA